AUGUCUAAAACAGCUCAAAAGCGUCUGUUCAAGGAGUUACAGCAGCUUUUAAAGGAUAGCCCCGAGGGAAUCGUUGCGGGUCCAAGAUCAGAGGACAACCUGUUCCUUUGGGACUGUUUGAUUAGCGGGCCUCCGGAUUCUCCCUACCAAGGGGGGGUGUUUAACGCAACACUUGAAUUCCCAAAAGACUAUCCAUUGUCUCCCCCAAAACUCCUCUUCACACCAAGUAUUCUUCAUCCCAAUAUCUACCCUAACGGUGAGGUGUGUAUUUCUAUACUACAUUCACCGGGAGACGACCCCAACAUGUACGAGCUUGCGGAAGAGCGCUGGUCACCUGUGCAAAGCGUUGAGAAGAUUUUACUAAGUGUGAUGAGCAUGCUAAGCGAACCUAAUGUGGAAUCCGGCGCCAACAUUGACGCGUGCAUCCUAUGGAGAGACAGUAGAGAAGAGUUUGAAAAACAGGUUAAGCGGUCCAUCUUGAAAUCACUAGGGUUUUGA